AUGGAUCCGUUUACUGAGAAACUAUUAGAGCGGACAAGGGCUCGUCGAGAGAACCUGCAAAAGAAAUUAGCAGACAGACCAAAUGCUGCAAACCGCUUAAUGACAAAACGUCCUCUGACUGAGACCAACAGUUUAAUAUGUGAGCCUGCAAUCGAUAAAGUCCCACAGCCUGCGACCAAGCCCUCCCCAUCCAAGCGCAAAUGCUCAGGAGAAAACCUCCAGUCCUCCAUUGUGGACGAAGAGAACAAGGAGCCAACGGUGCUGCAAUCAUUGACCCCUAUGCUCCAGGAUCCUCCCACUGACAAGAAACCUCCUGUCGGUGCCCGGACGAGCCGCUCUCACACCCCAAUCCAGGCAGGGCAGGUGAAGGAUGUGGAGCCAGAUGGCAGAGAUGAGGUUGAACUGGACAGCAGGCAGGAAGAGGAGGAUAGUGAGAUGGAGGUCAGGUCUUCUUCACUGCAUCAGAGUGAGGAGGUGGAAGAGAGGAGUGGUCUGUCUGCUACAGGCAUGAGGUCCCGUCUGCAGAUGCUGGCAAACCAGAGGAAAGGCUGGGAGACCGGUGCAGUGGAUCCUGACUGCACCCCUCUCUCCGCACUGAAGCGACAGCCCGAGGAGCCUCUCAUCCAUGCACCCCCUGUCUCCAGCGGGACCCCUGUGGGACGCAAAGGCAGACUGGCCAACCUGGCUGCCACCAUCUGCUCCUGGGAGGACGACCUCAGCCACGCCAGCAUCCCCAAGCAGAGCGCCCCCCCAGAGAAGCCCACCCCUGUCCCCCAGACUCCCACCAGAGAGACUUCUGCCACCGCCAAACCUAACCCGUCCGUGAUGAGCUGUCCACCAAAAGCCAGCCGGGUCUUCCUUCCUCCCAGCCCACACAAGGCAGAGGCCCCUACUGUUCCAGCAGCAGCCCAAAGUCCCCAGAGGCUCCAACGACAGGAGCAGACCCACACCAGUCCGGCCCCCAAACCUGCACCAGUCCCCCAGAGCCCUGUGAAGAGCCAGCCUCUGACCCGGCCUCAGGAAGUGCUGUCCAGUCCACACAAACCACAAAUCCGCACCAAGCCUUCGGAGCUGAGCUGCAGCUAUCAGGAGAGGAGCGCCGGAACGCCCAGUGUGAAGUCUUUCCUGGAGCGCUUCGGAGAAAAAUGCCAGGAGCGCUCCAACCAGAGCACACCGAGUGGGCGGAGUCAGCCAAAGACCCCCGCCGUGACCUCAGCGGUGACCCCCAACACCCGGAUGGUCCAGGAGAAGCUGCGUGCCGCCCAGGCCGCCAACACCACCUCUGCAGACCUCACCCAGAGACACAAGAUGGAGCGCGAGUCGGAGCUGGCUCAGAUCCGAAACCGCUUCCAGAAGGCCAACAACAUGUGGAAGAACAAAGACGAGGGCUCGGACAAGACCAGCUCAGAUGCAGUGAAGUCAAUGAACCAAUCCGAGAUGAGUGACGCACCGUCCUCACAGUCAGAAGAGCCAACAGCGCCCUCUGGAUUCCUGGACUCGCCUCCCGCUUCCACAUCCAGCCCCCUCAGAGCAGCCGCCCCUCUGGCACCCGAGCCGGUCCACAAAGAUCCAGAGGAGACAAAAGCCGAGGAGGACAAGCAGACGGAGACGGAGAAGGUGAACGAGACAGAGAUGAACGUGGACGGGUCAGAUUGCAGCGAGCAAAACGUGGACUCCAUCAACUCUGCCGUCAUCAACGAGCUGUUCCAGGGCGUGCUGGAGCAGAGCGACGACUACACCGAGGAGGAGGAAGAUCCGCUCAACAUCUCCUCCAUGUCCCUGCUGGCCCCUCUGGCGGAGACUGUGGCGGCUGUGGUCAAGAGUCCAGACAGGAUGAUGACCUCUACUCCGGCCAGCUCUUUCAUUGUAAAGAGCCCUCUGGACAAAACCCCCAGGACCAAGCUGAGGCGGUCUCUUUCGUCAGACAGCAUCCACGUCCUCAGCCCAGAGCACCGGCUGCCUUACAGCAUCGACGCGUACAGAUCCACCAGAGUGAAGGACACGGAGAGGCCGAGCAUAAAGCAAGUGAUUGUGAGGAGAGAGGAGGUAUCCCAGCGAGCAGAUGAGGCCAGAGGCUCCAGUCUGUUCAGUGUCAAGCAGAGGAUGAAGGUUCUGACCAGUGAGAUGACCAUGCAGCAGACAGUGAUCCACCAGGCCAGCCAGGCUCUGAACUGCUGCACAGACGAGGAGCACGGGAAAGGCUCUCAGGUGGAGGCCGAGGCGGAGAGGCUGCUGCUGGUGGCCACCGAGAAGCGAGAGGUCCUGAAGGCGGAGCUGGACCGCCUCAAAGGAGACCCGUCCGCACAGAAGAAAGCUGCGGCUCUGACCGAGGGGAGCGGGCUGCUGGCGUCCCGGGGCUCUCUCACCCUGCACGAGCUCCGACUGCCCCUCAAGGCUGACUUUGUCUGCUCCACCGCCAACAAACCUGAAUCGGCCAGCAAGCACUCGUUCUUCGUGAUGAUCCGUGCCGGAGCCGAGCACACGGUGGCCACUCCUCUGGCCAGCACGCACAGAGGGCUGAGUGGAGACACGCUCACCUUCCCCACAAAGUUCUCCAUGGCCGACGUCUCCAGUGACUUUCAAAUCAUGAUCGAAGUCUACUGCUUUGUUCAAAAGCGAGAGAUCUGUGCUGACAAGAAGAAGAAAGUCAGCAAGUCGAAGGCUAUCACUCCAAAGAGAUUCCUUGCCAUUUCCAAAAGUGGCCAGACACCAGUUAUGGCUAGUCCCGGAGGUCCCAACGCGGUCCGAACCAGUAACUUUAUCUUGGUGGGCUCUCACAAACUCACCCUGGCCUCCAUCGGGAACAACAAGUUUCCUCUAGAAAAGGUUCCUUUCUUGUGCCCGCUGGAGGGUCACAUCUACAUGAAGCUGCAGUGUGAGGUGGGCUCCCGAGUGGAAGAGAGGGGCUUCUUGACGAUGUUUGAGGACGUGAGUGGAUUCGGGGCGUGGCACAGAAGGUGGUGCGUCCUCUCGGGUUACUGCGUUUCCUACUGGACCUAUCCGGACGACGAGAGGAGAAAAAAUCCCAUUGGCCGCAUCAACCUGGCCAACUGCACGAGUAAGAGGGUGGAGCCGGCGAACCGAGAGUUCUGUGCGCGACCAAACACCUUUGAGCUGAUCACGGUGCGGCCACAGAAAGAGGACGACCGCGAGACGCUGGUCAGCCACUGCAUGAACACCGUGUGUGUCACCAAGAACUGGCUGAGCGCAGACACGAAGGAGGAGAGAAACUUGUGGAUGAGGAAACUGAACCAGAUCCUGGUGGAUUUGCGGAUGUGGCAGCCGGACUCCUGCUGCAAAGCAGCGGACCCUCGGCUCUGGACCAUGUGUGGCAUCUGGGGCUUGUUCGGCAGUGACGAGUGCCUGUCUGUACAGUGCACCAGUGCCAUGAAAAUUGCGCACAGAGGACCGGACGCCUUCCGCUUUGAGAAUGUCGAUGGCUUCACUAACUGCUGCUUUGGCUUCCACCGCCUCGCCAUCGUGGACCAGCUCUACGGCAUGCAGCCCCUACGCAUCAAGAAGUUCCCCUUCCUCUGGCUCUGCUACAACGGAGAGAUUUACAACCAUAGCACUCUGAGGGAGCAGUUUGGUUUCGAGCACCAGACCAACGUGGACGGCGAGGUGAUGCUGCACCUCUACAGCCGCUUCGGGGUCCAGAAGAUGGCCUCGCUGCUCGACGGGGUCUUUGCCUUCAUCCUGCUGGACACGGCCAACCGCAAAGUCUUCAUAGGACGAGACACGUACGGAGUCCGGCCCCUGUUCAAGCUCCUCACUGACGACGGCUUCCUGGCCCUCUGCUCUGAAGCCAAAGGCCUGACGGAGCUCUCCCACACCAUGACGUCUCCCGCCUGCGUGGAGCCAUUCCUCCCCGGACACUUUGAGCAGUUUGAGCUGAAAGCCAACGGGAAAGUGCAGUCAGUUCAGAUGGAGGCGUUUCACUGCUGCACACAGGAGCCGGCUCAUGCUCUCUACGACUCCGUGGAGAGACUGACAACAAGUUUUGACGAGGAGACGGUAAAGGCGAACAUCAGAGCUCUGUUUGAGAACGCGGUGAGGAAGCGGCUCAUGUCUCACCGCCGGAUCGGGUGCCUGCUCUCAGGCGGCCUGGACUCCAGCCUGGUCGCAGCCACAUUGGUGAAGCUGGCCAAAGAGGACAAGCUGCAGUACCCCGUCCAGACGUUCUCCAUCGGCUCCGACGACAGCCCUGACAUUUUGGCAGCGCGCAAGGUUGCAGCGCACAUCGGCAGUGAACACCACGAGGUGAACUUCUCUGUGGAAGAGGGGAUCCAGGCUGUAGAAGAAGUCAUCUAUCACCUGGAGACCUACGACAUCACCACAAUUCGGGCCUCUGUGGGUAUGUACCUAUUGUCCAAGUACAUCCGGCAGAAGACCGACAGCGUGGUCAUCUUCUCUGGGGAGGGCUCUGACGAACUGGCCCAGGGAUACAUCUACUUCCACAAGGCUCCCAGCGCCAGGGCGGGCUCAGAGGACAGUGUGCGUCUGCUGAAGGAGCUCUACCUGUUUGACGUGCUCCGAGCCGACCGCACCACUGCUGCACACGGCCUGGAGCUGCGAGUGCCCUUCCUGGACCACCGGCUGACGGCGUACUACCUGUCCCUGCCUGAGGAGAUGAGGGCCCCCCGGAGCGGCGUGGAGAAGCACCUGCUCCGGGACUCCUUCAAAGGCCUGGACCUGAUCCCUGAGGAGAUCCUGUGGAGACGCAAGGAGGCCUUCAGUGACGGCCUCAUGUCCCUCAAGAAGUCCUGGUACACGUGUCUGCAGGAGCACCUGGAGGAAGUGGUGAAUGAGGAGCAGAUGCAGAAGGCAGCGGAGACGUUCCCCCAUAACCCCCCUCCCUCCAAAGAGGCGUACUUCUACAGGCAGGUGUUUGAGAAGCUGUACCCGGGGCGCGCUCAGUGGCUGUCCUACUUCUGGAUGCCGCGCUGGACCAACGCCACCGACCCCUCGGCCCGCACCCUGAGCAUCUACACGCCCGAGAAAGACCAGUGA